CGGCCUCUUCUUCCCUUCCCUUCCACCACACCGGAGAGGUGAGUGAGAGUGAGAGAGUGAGAGCAGAGACCACCACCACCGGAGAGGUUAGUGAGAGAGGAGUGGUAAUGGUGAGGCAACAAGAGUAGGUUCCAUUUCAUAUCAUCACUAGGAUAGCGUAGUUUGUAGGCUGCAUCUCCAUCUCCAUCGCCAUUGAUUCGCAUUGCAUCCAUCAUUUUAGGAUGUUCUACUAGGGUUCUUGAUUUUUCUUUUGGUUUGUUGUUUUGACGAAUGGAGGUAUUGUUGGGAUUCGCCGCCUGCUGCUCGUCGUCGUCGUCGCCGAUGAGGAGGCCGUGCGGGCUCUGCCCCGGCAUGUCCGAUCGUUCGUGAUUUGUUUUUUCUACAUGUUUUAGGGCCCAUUUGUUCUUGAUCCUAUUCUUUGAUUCUUUUGUACUAAGCAUUCUAAGGCGAAGCCACCCAUUCUUUCCUGCAUAUAUACUUACAAACACAUAGCCCCCAUCUGAUCUCACAAACAUUAUUUCUCUCUCUUUUUUUCUCAGUUUUUUCUUUGUUGAUUUACUGACCAAAUUCUUUGGAAGAACAACAAGAUCAUCUGGUUUUUAUCUGCUCAUUCUUUUGUACAUCGAAUCAUAUACAUUUCCAUUCCACCAAAGCCUUAGCCAGAUACCACAGAGAGAGUGUGAGAGAAAUCAGAGUGAGAAACAGAGGAGGAAGAAGAAGAAGAAGACGAGGAGGAGGAGGAGGAGGAGCAGGAGGAGGAGGAGGUCUCUUCUUGGCACGUCGCGUUCCGGCGAGUGACGUGUCUCCGGGAUGUUGGCGGGUUGCUCGUUCUCGUCGUCGAGGCAUCAGAUGAGCACCGCGCAGCGUUUCGACAUCCUCCCCUGCGGCUUCUCCAAGCGCGGCAGCCGCGGCGACGGCGCCGCCCCGCGGGUCGCCGGCGACGCCAGGAGCGGCGCCACCACCUGCUCCUUCCGGACGCACCCCGCGCCGCCGGUCACCCAGUCCGUGUCCUGGGGCGCCAAGCCGGAGCCCGGCGGCAAUGGCAAUGGCGCCCACCGCGCCGUUAAGCGGGCGCAUGACGAGGACGCGGUCGAGGAGUAUGGCCCCAUUGUUCGCGCCAAGCGGACGCGGAUGGGCGGCGACGGCGAUGAGGUAUGGUUCCAUCAAUCCAUUGCAGGGACGAUGCAAGCGACGGCGGCGGGAGAAGGAGAGGAGGCGGAGGAGGAGAAGGUCUUCUUGGUGCCGAGCGCGGCGGCGUUCCCGCACGGCAUGGCCGCCGCGGGGCCAUCGCUGGCCGCGGCCAAGAAGGAGGAGUACAGCAAGUCGCCGUCCGACUCGUCGUCCUCGUCGGGCACGGACGGCGGCUCGUCGGCGAUGAUGCCGCCGCCGCAGCCGCCCGAGUUCGACGCGAGGAACGGCGUGCCGGCGCCGGGGCAGGCGGAGCGGGAGGCGCUGGAGCUGGUGCGCGCGCUCACCGCGUGCGCCGACUCCCUCUCCGCCGGCAACCACGAGGCCGCCAACUACUACCUGGCCCGGCUCGGCGAGAUGGCCUCGCCGGCGGGGCCCACGCCGAUGCACCGCGUGGCCGCCUACUUCACCGAGGCGCUCGCGCUCCGCGUCGUGCGCAUGUGGCCGCACAUGUUCGACAUCGGCCCGCCGCGGGAGCUCACCGACGACGCCUUCGGCGGCGGCGACGACGACGCCAUGGCGCUGCGGAUACUCAACGCCAUCACGCCCAUCCCGAGGUUCCUGCACUUCACGCUCAACGAGCGCCUCCUCCGCGAGUUCGAGGGGCACGAGCGCGUCCACGUCAUCGACUUCGACAUCAAGCAGGGGCUCCAAUGGCCGGGCUUGCUCCAGAGCCUGGCCGCGCGGGCGGUGCCUCCGGCGCACGUGCGGAUCACCGGAGUCGGCGAGUCGAGGCAGGAGCUGCAGGAGACGGGAGCGCGGCUGGCGCGCGUCGCCGCCGCGCUCGGCCUGGCGUUCGAGUUCCACGCCGUGGUCGACCGGCUCGAGGACGUCCGCCUGUGGAUGCUCCACGUCAAGCGCGGCGAGUGCGUGGCCGUGAACUGCGUCCUCGCCAUGCACCGCCUGCUCCGCGACGACGCCGCGCUGACCGACUUCCUGGGGCUAGCGCGCAGCACGGGCGCCACCAUCCUCCUCCUCGGCGAGCACGAGGGCGGCGGCCUCAACUCGGGGAGGUGGGAGGCGCGGUUCGCGCGCGCGCUGCGGUACUACGCCGCGGCGUUCGACGCGGUGGACGCGGCGGGGCUGCCGGAGGCGAGCCCCGCGAGGGCCAAGGCGGAGGAGAUGUUCGCGCGGGAGAUCCGCAACGCGGUGGCGUUCGAGGGCCCCGAGCGGUUCGAGCGCCACGAGAGCUUCGCCGGGUGGCGGCGGCGCAUGGAGGACGGCGGCGGGUUCAAGAACGCCGGCAUCGGCGAGCGCGAGGCGAUGCAGGGGCGCAUGAUCGCGAGGAUGUUCGGGCCGGACAAGUACACCGUGCAGGCGCACGGCGGCGGCGGCAGCGGCGGCGGCGAGGCGCUCACGCUCCGGUGGCUGGACCAGCCGCUGUACACCGUGACGGCGUGGACGCCGGCGGGCGACGGCGCGGGAGGCAGCACCGUGUCGGCGUCCACAACAGCAUCACAUUCUCAGCAAAGCUAAGCUGACGAUGAAUGGUGAUUAGGUGAAGAGAAAGAAAGAACAAAGCCUUUUUUUACAGUGCUUCUUUUGUUAAUGAUGAUUAGUUCAUACAGUAUGACAAUUCUUUUAUACAUUCAGAGAAAAGAAAGAAGAAAGAAAGGUGUAGUUUUUUGUUUUAUAGAUUGAUAGGUGGAAAGAUUCAAUUAAAUCAAAUUCAAUUCAAUUUUUAGAUUGUAAUUCUUUAUAAAUAUUCUUUUGGCUGUUGAGAGAGAGUCCCCUGCAAAAUGUAGCUGCAUGUAGAAGAAAGAAAGCAAAGAAGCAGUAGAUAGAUUAGCAGGGGCAGCAUCUCUCACAGUCACUAUUAGUGUCUCCGGCUGUUAUUAUACAACAUUAUUAUUACAAUCAAAUUCUUUCAUCAUUCAUUCUACAUGUAAUCUCUGUUCAGAAUCAGAAUGAAAUGAAACAUGUGUUAUAUUUCUCCAUGGAUGGUGAAGUUUGUGUCAUCUGAAAGUUAUACUUCCAUCUUUCAUCUGUUAUUUUGCUCUUGUUUUGAUGGUAUCCAAUUCAAAACUGAAUUGCAUUGGUUGAUGUGUCGUCCAAAAGAGAUGUUAUAGUUUGCUUCUUCUUCUUCUUCUUUUUUUGGCUCUCUCUGAAGAGCUUCAGUUUUGGCGUCCGCUAAUCUGAAUUGUAUUCCACGGUGCUAUUAGGCCUCACGAAAUGCAGCCCAUCCAGCCCACCCACAUCUCUAAAAGGCCGGCCCGGUCAGGCCCAUCUUCAAGGACACGCGGCAAGCCGCGUCAGGCGCCGGCGACCUCGUCGGUCGCCGCCGCGCUCCACACGCCCCCGGCCGGCGCGGUCACCAUCCGCUUCUUCUCCAAACGCCCACGCGCUUCUCACCUCUCCAGCUCCUGCGCCGCGCGCACCCCUUGCCCUCCGCCGGCAGCCGCCUCUGGUUCCUAAACCCUAGGCGAAGACCUUCCUCCGCUAACCGGCUCUGGCUCCUGUUCGUCCCCGGCGGCGUGCGGCCUCGCUCGCUCGAGGUGCUCCCAAUUCCCAAAGUUACACUGGUGGCGCGGCGUCGGUUUCGCUCACACGGUGCUCGUCCAAAUGCCUACCCGGCUUGCUGGCGCGUAGCACGCCCUGGAUGAUGCCAUCACGCACUCCAAAUCUCCAGUAUUCCACCAGGUGUUGCUCAAGGCCUCAGAGUACACCUAUUGUUGCGGGAGAUGGCAAGUGGUUCUUGUGAUGAUUAAAGGCUAAGGUGAUCCUGAUGUUACCUUUACAGGUAAGUGGAAUCAUGUUCAGACUUUAACUAUUUCUAUGGACGAUGGCUACUGUCUUUCAAUUCAGUGUUGGUUUCAGAAAUUCAGUUCAUCUAUUAUCAUAAUCUGUUUUCUGUCACCGGCAACAAUUUAGCAUGCACCAAAUAACUUUACUUAUUUUUGUAUUCGGUACACCUUGUAGUAUCAUCUUCCUUGUAACAUAUGGACAUUUUCUUUUUGGUCUUCAUUUUGAGUUGUUUAAAGCCUCUCUGCAUGGUUCUUUGAUCUUUGCAUCCUCCUUAAGAUGAUUGAGAUACCAUUGCCGGCGGUACUGUGGAUGAGAAGAAACUUGGCUAUGCACUUGCCACUGGACACCCCUGUACAGUUAUACCUUCCGCAAUGGGGCAAGAAGCUAAUG